AUGGGAGAUAAAACAAUCGAAUCGCUGUUUGCGAGAAUAGACCAACUGGAAGCGAAUUUGGAUAAAAAGGUUGAGAAGGCCCAGUCAACAAUAGAUAGCUUGAUUAGUGAAAUUCAACAUUCUAAUAAAAAAAUCCAAGAGCUCGAACAGGAAAAUAGUAUCUUGAAGAUAAAAGUUAAUCGCCUGGAGCAGAAAGGAAGGAAAAAUAACAUAAUAGUUUCUGGUUUGAAACAAGAAGAAGGAACAGAAAAUAAUCUAUCCAAAUUACAACAAGUUUUAGAAGUGAACAUCGAGAAAGGAGACUUGAAUGAUAUUUAUUAUUUAGGUGGAAAGGAAGAUAAAUCAAAGCUCCUGAAAAUUGAGUUCAACUGCUAUUGGAAGAAACAAGAAAUACUGAGAAAUUGUUACAAAUUGAAAAAUCAAGGAAUCUUCAUCAAUCAAGACUUGACAAAAGAAGAACAAGAAGUACACAAAAAGCUUAGGAUACAUUUAAAUAAAGCCAAAUCUCAAGGAAGGAAAGCAACUAUUAGAAAUAGUUUGUUGAUAGUGGAUAGUGUUGUAUAUACAUAUCAACAAUUAAGUGCAGAUCCUGAAUUUUCAUUCUCCAACCAACAACAAGAAAAUAACAGCACAAAUUCGUUUUUACCUGAGACUCAAGAAGAAGGAAGUUCAUCAUCAAAGCGUAACGGAAACUCACCAAAUCCUAGUGAUCAGCGGAAGAAACGGCCAAAAAGGCACUGA